GUGAGGAGACUCCGUUAUCUACGGUCCCGAUAAAUGGGCCCUUCGUUUCUUUGGGACCUGGUGGUGGGCAGCUCCUCCUGAGAUCUCAUUUCUUUUCCUUCUCUUCCCCCUCACGUGAAGAUGGGGCUGUCUUUCACCAAACUAUUCAGUCGGCUUUUUGCAAAGAAAGAGAUGCGUAUUCUUAUGGUAGGUCUUGAUGCUGCUGGCAAGACCACCAUCUUGUACAAGCUGAAGCUGGGAGAGAUUGUGACCACUAUUCCUACCAUUGGAUUUAAUGUGGAGACAGUGGAAUACAAGAACAUUAGCUUCACUGUGUGGGAUGUUGGUGGUCAGGACAAGAUCAGACCUCUGUGGAGACAUUACUUCCAGAACACCCAGGGCCUUAUCUUUGUCAUUGACAGCAAUGACAGAGAUCGUAUUGUUGAGGCUAGAGAUGAAUUGCACAGAAUGCUUAAUGAGGAUGAAUUGAGAGAUGCAGUGCUGCUUGUCUUUGCGAACAAGCAAGAUCUUCCCAAUGCCAUGAAUGCUGCAGAGAUCACUGAUAAACUUGGCCUGCACUCCCUCCGCCAACGUCACUGGUACAUCCAGAGCACAUGUGCCACAUCUGGGGAGGGUCUUUAUGAGGGACUGGAGUGGCUCUCAAACAACAUUGCGAACAAGGCAUAGAUAUUGCUGGCUGGAUACCUUGUUGGAGCUUAAAACAUUGUUAGGAUCUUCUGUUAACCACAUGUGUUUGCUAGAGCUCUGCUCCAAGAAUCAAUUUGCUUAUGUUUCUAUCUUUCAUAGACUCGAGCAUUUGUUGUCUCAUCUAGACCAACAAUAAUCUGGAAAUUUGUUCUUACCUAGAUGUUAAAUUUUUGCUUUCUUUUUUUCUCUCCCUUUACCUGCUAAUUCUGUCGUUGGAAUACCUUGCCUGGGUGAUAUAAUAGUUUUAUUUCUUAAAAA